CAUAAAAGUUGCGUCCUCUUAUAUGGCAUGGAAUUAAUUGUAAUUUAUAGAACUCAGCUCUCAAAAUAUUAUAACCACAAACUGCCAAACCAGGUAUGUUACUCUGAAACUUGACAAACUGCAUGGUAAAGGCACAUAUUGUUAAAACAACAGGUGUCUUCAUGUCCAAUUAAUUAAGGAGAUUUGUCACUGUGGGCAGCUAUAGCUUUGGACCUGAGAAAGUUGUGGACUAAUGUGAUUGUGACCUAGGGUAAUUUCUGACAUUUUGUUAGCUAAAUCUGACACUUUUUGAUGUGUAUCUGUGGAGGAGUGUACACACAGCGUCUUCUUGUUUGUCACUUGAAAGAAUAACUUGUUCAUUAACAAUGUAGCUGUUUUUACGAUACAGAGGUAUGUGAGAUCAUUGACAUAAUCGAUUGUGUUGUCUGUGUACUGCUGGGGUUUGGAAGAAGCAGAGAUAAAUUGGAAUGUGUCUAUACCCAAAGUUGACCGUUCUUAACAGGACUGUGUGCAGAUCAAACACAGAACAAGUUUAUCACCAACAAAAUUCUCAUAUCCUGUGUAGGACUUACUGUGGGUCUGUUAUAUAUUGAAUUUCUGAGAUUUAUUACGUGUGGAUCUGGAAUUAAAUAGAAGGGUAGGUACGUGUUGUUUCUCAAGGUACUGAGGAUAAAGAUUAUCCAAUUAUCACCCCAGUAAUGAAUCUUUAAAGGUUAAUUAAUUACAUCUACGUAAAGCAUUGUAUCUAGGGAACCUCAGGUAUGGAGAGAGACAGAUUGUACUGUGCUAUUUUUUCUGGCAUCAAACUUUACCAAAUGGGGAAUAAUGUACAUUGUAGGCAAUCCUACCAUGGAGCAACUGCCUGCCGGGCUCCCAGACUGCCCACCUGUCAUAAAAUUAGGAGCCAGAACUUGAAUGUUAUAGCCCAUAAUAAAAUGUUAUUAAACUGUCCAGGCAUCUUGCAUCUCACAAAACUCUGUUUAUUAUACUCACAGUUGGAGGAGCAUGUCUGUACAUUUUCUUAUCAUAAUUUACCAUUUUUAUAAUUGCUGACACAUCAGGACUUUUCAGUAUCUUCAUAGACUGUAUAGAAUGAAUGAAAAACAGGGUGUGGGUAAUUUAAGGCUGAAAUUAAAAAUGUGUAACAAUUAACAUUUGCUUUGAGAACCUGUCAUUACCUCCACUCAAUGGAAGUUAUAUAUUUUCAAUAACCUGUUUUACACCUGUUUAUGUAUGUGUACAAGGUAACAGAUUGGCAGGUGUUAAUUAAAUUUUGGAAACAAUCUAUAUACUUGCAAACUUUUACAGAGAGGAGCUGUGAUGGAUGUUCACAAUCCCUGAUCUUGAUCACAUGUUGAGACUGCUAGUCAAACGGGCCAAUUAACAUUUAAGAAGUUGGUCAAAGAUGUCUAGCAUGCCAUGGAACCGUCACUGAGGAAACAUGAAAAAAAGCAGCAAAAAGAUCCACCACAUGAAAUCCCUGUGGGGGCCUCAGCUGAUGGUACAGGUGACCGGUGCCAGGGCACCCCACCCAUCCAAAACAUGACGAGGCUGUCCUUACCAAAACAUUCCUAUCAAAGUCUUUCAUACUUAGGGACCAACCCCUCAAACUACUCGCCCAUUUCCCAUGUUGUUAACUGCAGUUGCCCUUCAGAAUACUGUAGGUAUUCAGAUGAUACUGCUGGACAGUACAAUUGUCAAUGCAAUAGCUGUCAGGUGCCUCAACAUUGUCAAAGUAUCGAUCAGUUCAGGGUGCGUUCUAAAUCCAUUCCAUCAACAUUUGAAUUCUUAGGUAAUGAAUCGGUACUGAAAGACAAGACUAGAGAACGGUAUGAACACAAUUUCACGAUUUCAUCAACUCCAUUAACCCAUCCAAAAGACAUUCCAAAACUUGGAAACAAAUACUCAGAAUGCCAAGAGGCCAGUUCUUUUACUUCCCAAAAAAUACCUCAGAUCGUGCUUCAGCGAGCAUCAUCAUGUGACGAAUCUUGUGCGAAUUCUUCAGUGAUAGAGGUUUUAUAUAGUGCCAACGUGGAGUUUCUUAAAAAUGCCAAAGUUCUAUCCGACCAUAGAUUUAAGGGUAAAGACGAUAGUUUUGUGUCUUCCUCAUUAAAAAUAGACCUGGACAUAACAUCACACUUUCCAUUAAGUCCCAGAAGUAGUAACGGCAGUAUCUGUAGUGCCCGCUCCAGUAACGCGGAUUCUGCCGUGGACAUACUGACUCCAGACGAGGAGUUUUACUGCGGGGGGGAUGUUUACAUCUCCCCAGACUCAGUAGAUUGGUUUAAGACUUCUAGAGACGUGUCACAAACAGACACACCGAUCAGUCUGGCAGAAGCUGUGAGGUCCAUUCCGGCCGUGGUCGUCAGUGACCACAGUGAGCCGCGAGUGGACGGAUGCCAGGAAAGUUACGGGCCAGACAGUGGAACAGAAUGUCGGCUGACCCUUCAUCGGAACACCUCCAGCACUUCCCUUUGUUCAGAUGAUUCUUCCCUCAGCUCCUCGCCCUCCUUAUCCAGGACCGCAUCCAACAUCUCGCUAACUGAAACAGAUGAAGAAAUUUCGGAAACCAAACCAAAGCAAAGUUCAUGGAAGAAGAUACGCAAUGUUGUACACUGGUCGCCCUUUAUUCAGCAGUUUAAGAAACACAGGUAUCCAUGGAUACAGCUUGCUGGUCACCAAGGGAAUUUCCAGGCUGGUGAACCAGGAGCGGUGUUAAAGAAAUAUGAUUCCAAAGAACAGAAGGCGUUUGACAAACUAAUGAGAGAUGUACUGCGAUCUUACGUACCCGAAUACAGAGGAGAUGUCUUCAAAAACAACGAAAAAUACUUACAGUUACAAGACCUGCUGUGUGAGUUUAAAUCGCCAUGUGUCAUGGAUAUCAAAAUGGGAUCCAGAACAUAUUUAGAGGAGGAGCUGGAAAAAGCUCGAGAAAAACCCAAACUCAGGAAGGAUAUGUACCAAAAAAUGAUAGAGGUGGAUCCGUCAGCCCCUACAGAGGAGGAGAAUGCACAGAGAGCUGUCAUUAAGCCCCGAUACAUGCAAUGGAGAGAUGACAUGUCGUCAUCCGCACAGCUAGGCUUCCGAAUAGAGGGUAUUAAGAAAAUGGAUGGUGCUUCCAGUAAAAACUUUAAGAAAACCAGAAGCUGUGAGGAAGUAAAGGAAGCAUUGAAACAUUUCAUGGGAACUGAAGCUGAAGUUUAUUCUCGAUACAUCAAGCAUUUAAAAGCAAUCAGAACCACUCAGGAGGUGUCCGAAUUCUUCAGUUCACACGAGGUAAUUGGCAGCUCUUUGUUGUUCGUCCAUGAUAAAACGGGACAGGCAAGUGUGUGGAUGAUCGACUUCGGGAAAACAAACCCCCUCCCAGAUCAUGUCAAGGUCAAUCAUCGUAGCCCCUGGGUGGAAGGCAAUCAUGAAGAUGGGUAUUUGUUUGGUCUGGACAAUCUUAUCUCCAUUCUAGAAGAAAGUGAGAAGGAACUACGAAGUGUAACAGACACUGAGAACAGCAGUGAACCCAGUGAAUAGAUGCGCCAUUGAAACUGCUGAUCAAGUUGUGAAAUCGAAACCAUACUCAUAACCCUCAACGCAAAGCGGUCUGUACCCUGUGCCGAGACCCCUGCAAGGUGCUUCUGUCCAGACUGGCAGACCCACUGUCUUAUUCAAAGUUUGUAGUAUAGGGCAUACCUGAAUUUACUCUUCUCUAGGUAUCAAUCUCCUCACACAAGUCCACAGAUUGAAGAUUUAAUGAGCUGUGUGGAUGAAAUCUAGAGACUUGAAUCAUUGCUGCCAGGCUAGCCUGUUGUAAGGAUUUUGCCGGGCAAGAUUUCGUUAACAUGAUAAAAUGGAAAAAUUCCAUUCUGCUACAAUGCAAUUUCCCACAAUAUGCACACCUUAUUUAAUGAGAUGUAUAUUAGAUACACAUAGAAGAAUUUUUUAUUUUGUAUUGAUGUCCAUUUCUUCACUGUAUAUCCUGAAACUACUUGUCAUGAAGAAUAAGACCCCACAAAGAUAGAUACGGAUGUCCAGUGUCAUUGGUGAGAUUCAGACUUGCUCCACAAAAUCUACCUUGAUAUCACAAUAAAGAAAAUAGUCCGAAAGGUCGAUACAAAUUUAAAUGAGUACCAUAUUUUCCCCCUCCCCCCCCUUAUGUUUCUUGAUGGUGCUUGAACUUGUGAGGGGAAAGGGGUGGCUGUAAGAUCAACAUUUAAAAAAGAUGUUUUGCAUUGUGUAAGUAAGUAUUUAGAUAAUUAAAGUUUGUAUUUUGGCAUUGUGUAGAUAUAAACAUUUAGAAUCAUAAUAGAAGGCACUAGAUAACAAAAUAAAAGGUUUUUUAGGUGACAUAUGUCGAGGUAUUGCUAGAUAUGAAGAAGUAUUGUACAUGUAGAUUGUGUGAAAACAAUUCGGUAAAACAAGCCAUUUGAAUUCCCAUAGUGUUUUUUACAUGAGAGCAUAUAAUGUAUAUACAUGGGCAAGUCAGAGACCCAACAGAUAGGAAUAUCUUCAAGAGAAAAAAAAGGGGGGCAUGUGGAACAAUAAUGUACAUCAAAGUUUCUUUUAAUAAUUUUACAGGAAUGAAUCUUAAGAUCUGUUAGUCGUUUUAACUAUGUAGUGAAGUUCUGUUUUUACAUGAGAAAUCAGGAUCUUCCAGGCUAGAGCAGCUGUUUAUUGUCAAAUGUUUAAAUGAAUAUUGUUGUCAAUGUUUCUUUGUUCUGGAGAUCUAUCACGGGGUGUGUGUCCUCCCCAUCAUAAGGAGGAGGGGGGGGGGUGUCCUUCCCAUCAUAAGGGGGCGUGUCCUUCCCACCCUGUUUGUUUUACUGUAUAUAUGUACAGAUCUGAUGUUUUGUACAAUCUUGUAGCUGUAUAAUCAGUCAUCUUAAUUUUGUGUGUGUUUUUCUUUUACUUUUAUUACGAGAACUGGUCAUUAGUUUACUUUUACUUGAUCUGAGCGUGGUUUACAAGUUCGGGUUAGAACUGUUGCAUGCAUGAAUUAGUUGAUUAAAGCAUAAAUCUCUAUUCAUGUAUAUCUAUGAAAACUAAGGACAUUUUUUUAAAGUCAAACAGCAGAUAAUAUUGCAGUUCUUGCCUUAUUAAUAUAAUGGUUUUGAGUUUUGUAUUACAAGAAAAGUACAUGUAUAUAUCUAUAUUUAUAAUUAUAUAUUUGUGCAAGGUAUAGAUAGUGUAUGAAAUCGUAAAGUCAAGAUAUGUCUCAAUAGUAUCUGUAGGAACUGAAAUUAGUUUCCUGCAUUGGAUUCAGCUGUAUAUUUAAUUGAGUAUAGUUACCCAAAACAAAAACAGCAAUGGAAAAUUAUAAUGGUCAUGCAGCCUGGUGGCCAAUGAAUAGCAACAGAGAUGUGCAAUAUUUAACUGUGCUGCAAUGUAUACCCCACCUGGGGUUUCUGUGCAGAUUUGUUUCAUGAAUAUGUUUUGAACGUGUAAUGUUUGGUCUGAGAUUGCUCUAAUGGCACUGUUACUUUUGGGAUCUCUACCAGAAUUUUUAGAUACAACGUAUUAGCAUUCCUUAUAUUUUCUUUCAAUUAUGGGGGGGGGUCAGAUUGUUGUAUAAUUUAUUGUGUGUCCUAUCUCCUCCUUAUUUCGAGUAAGUCAAAGCAAAAAUGUAAAUUAUCAAAAUGUGUAACAAUUUCAUAGGGUUGUUAAUAAACAGAUGAAUAUUCUGGACAGAUUGUUAUCAAUAUAGAAUUCUCUCACAACAAUGUAGAUUGCCAUACAGAUUAUUAUCUCUGUGUGAAAUAUAUGUAAAAAUGUUUUCUACAAAACUUUGAAAAAUGUGAAAUUGAAAAUAUUUUUAAUAAAGAUUAUAUGAUUCAUGUUGAAA